AUGGACGCCGGCCAAGCACAUGCACAGUCCGACUUCCUGUACGGCUUCAACGGCCAAAACUUCGGCCAUCUACCAGCCAGUCUUCAGAAUACCGACUGGCCGCUCGAUUCGCUUGACGCAACAGCGCAAUCUCAAGUCCAGCAGCAUUUCACGCCAUAUCAAGCUGUCAUGCCAACUUCCAUGGACCCGCGUUUCACGUACCAGACCUCCAUGGAUCAACCCUCCUUGGACCAGAACCUCAUGUGCCAGACCUACCCGAACCAACUCUUCACAGACCAGACCAACAUGAAUCAACCCUCCGCCGAGAACCCCAUGGACCAGACGAACCAACUCUUCACGAGUCAGACCUACCCAAACCAGCCCUCCGCCGGGGACCUCAUGAACCAGACCUAUCCAAAUCAACCCUUCACGAGCCAGACCUAUUCGAAUCAACCCUCUGCCGAGAACUUCAUGGACCAGACCUUCCCGAAUCUACCCUUCGCCGAGAACUUCAUGGAGCAGACCAAUAUGAAUCAACCCUUUGCGGAUCAGAAUUCAGUACACCAGACCUUUCCGACUCAGACGCCUAUGCCCCUAGCCAUGGAGCCGCCUAUCGGACCUUCUGAACGCCUGGUCUCUGACACAGCCAUGGUGUACUACAAUAACCUCACUCAGGUUCAGAAAACAAGAAUCUUGGACCAAGCAUCGAAGCUUUCACAUUUCAUGAAACUUUUCGGGGUAGGCCCAAACUAUGACCCUCUCAUGGUAUAUUGCCGCUACAGAGCCCGCAAGGACUUGGCCAAUGGCCUUUCUCAGCCAGCGAUUACACAACAACCGCUCCAGUCACGGCCAGAGCCUCCAGGAUCGCCUAUCGUCAUCGAAGAGUGUGCUGUCCCUGCUGCAACAACUCCAAAGCCCAAGUUGGUCGACAUAACAGACAGGAUGUACAGCGAAUGCCCGGAUGAGAACGACUUCAUCCACCCCGCUUACUCUAUGAUGAUGUGGAUGGACAAAUUCAAGGAGGCCUUCCAGCUCAACAGGAUGGCGCGGUCGCACAGGUGGCACGUCCGCGAGGACGACCGCACAAAGUUCUCCUGCACCAGAAGCCUCGACGGCGUCACUACAGUUGCAUGGCAGCUUGAGGCCAAACUCAAUGAGCUUGAGCACGGCCAUGCUGAGUCGAACAGGCAAAAGGAGCAGAGAGAGGAGCAGCAGACGGCCGAGGAAGCUGCUCGCAAAGAAGAAUCAGAGAGGAAAGCGGCGGCGGAGGCGCAGCAAAAGGCUGCGGAGAAAGCUGCUCGCAAGGAAGAAUCGAGGAAGAGAGCGCAGGCCAACCGUAGACAGAAGGCUGAAGCUCUCAAAGAGAAAACAAGGAAAGAGACGGCGGAGGCGCAGCAAAAGGCUGCGGAGGAAGCAGCUCGCAAAGAGGAGGCCGAGAGGAAAGCGGCGGCCGACCGUGAACAGCAGGACAGAGAGCGGAGGGAAGAGAGGGACACGGCACCGCAACGCGCGAAACGCAAAGCCACCGGAUCCGAAGAGAACUUUUCUCCAAAGAAGGCCCGUUUGGACAUCGAUCCCUUAUCAGAAGAAGAGAUCGAUUCCCUAUUCGAAGAAAGGGACGGUGGCGAUUAUAAUGAUAAUGAUGAUGAUGAGGGGGAGGAGGAGGAGGAGGAGGAUGACCAGGAGCUGGUGGACUCAUGCACCAACCUCCUGGAGAUGGACGACGAUGAUGAGGAGGAUCAGGAACUGGUGGACUCAUGCACCAACCUCUUGGAGAUGGACGACGACGAUGAUGAUGGGAAUAAGCAGAAGUCGGUGGAUACCAACCAAGAUGAGAGUGGAGAAGAGGUUAGGGAUUUCCAAUAUGACUCAGAGUCUGAGGAAUCUGAAGAGGAAUGA